UACCUGCGACUCCGGCGCAGUUGACUUCCGCUCCCACUGUGCUCUGCGAGCCGAAUCAUGGAUCACACUGACAAUGAGUUACAAGGCACUAACAGUUCUGGAUCAUUGGGUGGUCUUGAUGUUAGAAGAAGAAUUCCUAUAAAGCUCAUCUCCAAACAGGGGAACAAAGCCAAACCUGCACCUCGAACGCCAAGGACUAUAAACAGAAUGCCUGCAAAGGCUCCACCUGGUGAUGAAGGAUUUGAUUAUAAUGAAAAAGAACGGUAUGACUGUAAAGGGGGCGAACUGUUUGGAAAUCAGCGAAGAUUUCCUGGACACCUUUUUUGGGACUUUCAGAUAAACAUCCUAGGCGAAAAGGAUGAUACACCAGUUCAUUUCUGUGACAAAUGUGGAUUGCCUAUUAAGAUCUAUGGGCGAAUGAUUCCAUGCAAGCAUGUUUUUUGCUAUGACUGUGCUAUUUUACAUGAAAAAAAGGGAGAUAAGAUGUGUCCAGGCUGUAAUGAUCCUGUGCAGCGAAUUGAGCAGUGUACACGAGGUUCUCUCUUCAUGUGUAGCAUUGUUCAAGGGUGCAAGAGAACGUAUUUGUCUCAGAGAGACUUACAGGCUCAUAUCAACCACCGCCAUAUGAGAGCUGGAAAACCUGUUACCCGUGCUUCACUUGAAAAUGUUCAUCCUCCUAUUGCCCCACCACCAACUGAAAUCCCUGAUCGUUUUAUAAUGCCGCCAGACAAGCACCAUAGUAUGAGCCAUAUUCCGCCAAAGCAGCACAUCAUGAUGCCACCACCUCCUUUGCAACAUGUUUCACAUGAGCACUAUAAUCAGCCACAUGAGGAUAUUCGUGCUCCUCCAGCAGAAAUGUCCAUGGCUCCACCUCCACCUCGUUCGGUCAGUCAGGAAACCUUUCGUAUUUCAACAAGAAAACACAGCAAUUUAAUUACUGUCCCUAUUCAGGAUGACUCAAAUUCAGGUGCUAGAGAACCACCACCUCCUGCCCCAGCACCUGCUCACCAUCAUCCUGAAUAUCAGGGUCAACCAGUGGUAUCGCACCCUCAUCAUAUUAUGCCUCCACAGCAACAUUAUGCACCACCCCCACCUCCUCCACCACCAAUAAGCCAUCCAAUGCCACAUCCUCCCCAGGCUGCAGGUACUCCUCACUUGGUUUAUAGCCAAGCUCCACCUCCACCAAUGACCUCUGCUCCACCACCAAUAACCCCUCCCCCUGGACAUAUUAUUGCCCAGAUGCCACCUUAUAUGAAUCAUCCUCCUCCAGGACCUCCCCCACCUCAACAUGGUGGUCCACCUGUAACUGCACCCCCUCCUCACCAUUAUAAUCCUAACUCUUUACCCCAGUUCACUGAAGAUCAAGGAACUCUGAGCCCUCCAUUUACACAACCAGGGGGAAUGAGUCCUGGUAUAUGGCCUGCACCAAGAGGGCCACCUCCUCCUCCACGAAUGCAAGGUCCGCCUUCUCAAACCCCACUUCCUGGACCACAUCAUCCAGAUCAGACAAGAUAUAGACCAUAUUAUCAAUGAUAAUAGUAUUUCGAACUGAAAAUAUGAUUUAAAAAAACUUACGUGUAGUCAGUCUUUUAAUUAAGCUUUGACUGUUUUGGGAAGGAAAAACACCUCUUAUUGAGGUGGCUAUAAAACACUUAGGGUCUUGUCUCUUAAAAUGGUUUUAAAUCUUCACCUUAGGAUUGAUUUCAAGUACUAUACUGUAGUGCAGAUAAGUGGCUCAGUAGAGCACAGCUAUAUUUUAGCAACUUUGUUCCCCUAGUGUGGUAAAUUAACCCAGAGGUGACCAUUUGUAAAAAAUUUGAAAAUUUUUAUUGUUCCACUUUCAAAAGUAUUGCCUUUGUUAAACCCAGUUUUGUUUUUCUUGUGAUACAUUUUGUUAACCUGUGUAAAAGGAUUAAAUUUCAAUAUGGUUGUAAAAAUGCUAUUUUUAUGUGAAUUUAAGUGCAGCCACAUACUGUUUUUUAAAACCAUAUGUUUUACCACUAAUUUCCAAAGUUACAAUAAAAUCCUAAAAGUAAAAAUCUAGAUUUUACUGUAAGGCAGACUGUUAAAUGGUAGAGAGUUACUUCACAUUUUAGGCACUGAAAUUUUGAGGUUUAUUAAAUAUAUAAUGCACUUCACUUUGGAUGCCUUUUCAUUUUAGGCAGUUCAGGAGCACCAAAAUAUGUUGAAAUUCCAGUACUGAGAUAUAUUUAUGUUUGUAAUAUUAAAAACAUUACUAAUUAUUUGGAAAUAUAUGGCCAAAGUAAUUUAUUCUACAGGCUCCAAGCUGUUGGGGGAUGCUGUUAUUCAUUAAUACUUUUUACUGAAUGGUUGGAAUCUCCACACUUAGUAAUCUUAAGUAACAUUAUUUUAUACAACUGCUUAAAUGGUGUUCUUUAGAUGAAGUGUGUUCUACUCUGCUCAUUGUCUUAAACUAAAUAGGGCUGAAUAGGCGUUAUGUAAUUCCUCAUUUCAUGGUAGAAUUUGAUCCUGUGCUUAAGUGGGGUCCUGUUUAUUUGGGUUUUAAAUCACAAUUCGGAUGCCGUGGAGGAAUUUGAAUACUGUAUUAAUGAAGUCACAAACCUUGUAGUCACAAACUUGCAUUGCUCAGGUAUGAUAAGGUUUCUUUCUCUAACUUGAAAUUUAAAGACUAUUAGUGAUUUCCUUUUUCUUUAUUGGUUAAGUGGUCUAAAACUUGGGAUAUUUUAGCAUGGAGUCAACAGUUGAUUUUGUAUUGGAGAAAAGUGAUGACUAAAUUGUGAAUUUCAGUGCUUUAUAAGGUGCCUUUAGAGUCAGCUUUUGCAUUAUAGGGGCUUGUUAUAAUCCAGCUAAGAUAACCACUCAGUUUCUAUAGACUUCAUGUACAAUUCCUUAUUCUUAGGAUGUUAUAUAUCCUUUGAAUAAGACCCUGUGAAGUAUUUUCUCACCCCUGAAAUGGUGCAUAAUAUAAACAAAAUAUGUAGUGUGCAGAUAUCAUUUAUUGAAUAGUUUGUAGUGUGUAAAUUUAGAACAUUUUUUUUUGACAAAGGAUGAACUGAUUACUGAUUUACCAUUUAAUCCUGUCAGGUACAGGCAAAACAGUUUCUCAUUUUGGCUAAUCAGAUGCAAAGUCAUCUAUGAACUUAGCUGAAAUUAGAAAUCAUAUAAAUGACCAUUUCAACCUCGACCAGUCGAAAAUAACUAAUACACUUUUUUUUUUUUUUAAGUUAAAUGAUUUUUCACACCUAUCAAUUUGAGAAUCCAGUGUUAAUGUAAUAUUUCUGGUGAGAAAAUUUUGUUAUUAGAAGCAUGGGAGUGAAAUAAUGUGAAAAGUUGGUGGUGAGUGAGUGCUUCAAUCAUUAUUGUUGGUACUUGGACUGGUGCACCCUUGAUUCCCUUUCAUGCCCCUAUUUAGGAGCCAUUAAACUAUUACUGUUGAAAAUCUAAUACCAUUCUUUGUUUCAUGUAAUAAGAGUAGCCAAAUUCAUUUUAGAGCUUUUCAACUAUUUAUGAAGAACUCUUAUGUUUUUAUUGAAAUUCACUAGAGUUGAAUGUGGUUAUGAAACCACUUGGCCUAUGUAUUGGACAAAAAAAGUACUAUCAUGAUAAAAUUCAGUUAGGUUUAAGAAAUAUAAGUUAUGCAGGUAAGCAGAUCAGAUGAAUGUUUUGUAGCACACACAAAUUUUAAACGUGUUAGACUUGAAUUCAUCCAGUUAUUGUUUGGGGGUGGGUGGGUUAGUAGAAGGAUAACAAAAUUACUGUUAGUGUUUCUUUCCUUAAAGAAAAAAGAUGUGAAUUCCAGCUUUAUUUCAGGGAAGACUUUGAAACUAUAAUGGACAUAGUCUAAAUUAAAUGUAUGUAUGUUUCAUUAUAUUGCUCUUAAGACUACUGAGGUGGCAGUUUAAUUCUUAAAAACAAUAAAAU